AUGACUAAAACAAUUGUGCUGAUGAAUGUCAAUCUCGGUGAAGUUAUUCGACCAUUACGUUUUGGUGAUUUACUUGCAUGUACAAAUGAAGUUAUUCCGAAAUACAAAGUCAUCGCCGAAGGUAAAAAAGCUACAAACACAAAUGCAACAGUAGAAAGAUGCCAUGGUUAUUACGAUGAUACAAAUUGGAAGCAAGCAUUCGAUAAAUAUUUCAUGCCGUUUCUCAUUUCGUUUUUGGAACUUGUAUUGAACAUCUUGGCUGAAGUUUUUCCCACUGCAAUUUUUUUCAAAGUCAACAAUUACCCAGGACGAUUAUUCCCGAAGCAGUACUCCGCUAAUAUCCGACGAGAACCUGCAGGAAAUCUAUUAUUUUCUGGCUGGAAACGCCCGGAAAAUACUCAGUAUCCGGAUCGGAUUCUUCGACCUGGGAUACGCCUACUUCGUCUGAUCUUUUUCGUCAUUCUUGCAGUGUUUGUUAAAGCUUUUUCUAAUCGUCUGGUCCACCAUAUGACGAUGCAAAGAUGA